GGAGGAUAUGUUUAUAUAUCCUCAAUGUUAACACCUCUUUACCUCGUGAGUGUGUUGAUUUAAAUAAAAAAGGCAGAGUACAAUACUGAGUCACACUGUCAUCCUUCUAGAGAAUCGACACAGCCAGACAGAUCACCCUCGAGACCACGGAAAACCUAAAAAUGAUUACCAAACAGAGAAUACUUCUGAUGGUCACUAUGAUGAUUACAAUGGUCUCAUCAGUGUCAUCAACUCAACCUCCACCAACGCAACUGACUUGGUCCAACUCAAAUUCAACAGCCAACCCAACCAACUCGACUAUCUCAAAUUCAACAGCCAACCCAACCAACUCGACUAUGUCAAAUUCAACAGCCAACCCAACCAACUCCUCUAACUCAAAUCCAACAGCCAACCCAACCAACUUUACCAUCUCACAUCCAACAGCCAACCCAACCAACUCCAAUAACUCAAAUCCAACAGCCAACCCAACCAACUCCAAUAACUCAAAUCCAACAGCCAACCCAACCAACUUUACCAUCUCACAUCCAACAGCCAACCCAACCAACUCCAAUAACUCAAAUCCAACAGCCAACCCAACCAACUCCACUAACUCAAAUCCAACAGCCAACCCAACCAACUCUACUAUCUCAAAUUCAACAGCCAACCCAACCAACUCUACUAUCUCAAAUUCAACAGCCAACCCAACCAACUCUACUAUCUCAAAUUCAACAGCCAACCCAACCAACUCCACUAAAUCAAAUCCAACAGGCAACCCAACCAACCCUACAAACUCAAAUCCAACAUCCAGCUCUGGUGUGGCACGUUUACAUCCAAAGAUCCUAAGGCUGCCUGAAAUUCUGAUCUACGCGGUCGGUCAUUGCGGUCCUUACACUCAUUUAGCAACUCUGAUCAUCUUUAGGAGAUGAGGAAUUGAAUUACUUUAUCACACAGCUAAAACCUACAGGAUGCACCAAACCUGUGGUUGACCUGAGGUUGGUCUUUCAUAACUCAUUAAUUAAAUAAUCAGAAAAUCUGAUUAAGUUCUUAGUUGUGAUUCAUUUAAAUAUCAAGUAUCAGAUGUUUCUCCUAAGCGAUUCAAAACAAACAAUGAAACUGUUAAAAUCCAUUAAGAGUAAAGAGCAGUAAUAUGAAUGUAGAUAAUAUGUAAAAUGUAGUUAAUACAUAUAAAAUUAAUGAGAAACAUAUUGAAAUCAUUUGAUAAUACUGACUUUGAUUGCAGACUUACUACAUUUAAAGUUUAUUCAUUUAGCAAAGAUUACUCAUCUUAUACUGUCAAUACCAUCAUGCUUUAAAACAUAUUAAAUGAAACUGUUCUGUAGAAAUAAUUAAAUCAAAUGUAAUAAAUCCAUUUUAAAGUCA